CUUGACUGAAAUAGAAAACUCUUGGGUUUCAGCAAGUUGUAAGUUUCUAAAUUAUAAUGCUGAGCAGGGAUUCCCUGACAUUGUGAGACAAGUGUUUGCUGGACUGUGCUGUGUUCUUUGGUCAUUGCCUUCACACACAGAAAGCCACCAAGCGUAGGAUGAAUCUACGGUCGGGCAAAGCCACGUCAGAGGAAUGUUUGACCCCUCAGACUCCACACUGCUCCAAGGGCCAAGAAGGCUCUCUUACAAUGUUGCUGGGAAGAGAAUGUGAUGCCUCUUCACGGAACACAGACUCCGUGAGGAAAAUGACGCACAAAACUCCCAAAAAGAUUUCACAAGCUGUGACAUUUGGUCCCGUUCUUUCAGAAGAUGGUGGUGAUGACUCUAAUUCAUCUACAACCACGCCCAGAGCCACUCGAUUACCAGAUAAACACUGGCAGAACACUGAGCUCAACAGAGGAUUCAAAUACAUGCCUAAGGCAACAAAAUUAAAUAUUUCGGUGCAGUUUCAAGAUGAACAUCAGGGGAUUGUGGCCAGAGGAAACACCAAGGGCAGCCAAGCUCGGUCUGUCUUUUCAAACUCCCCUCUGGAGUGUUAUGAUUUGGAGGCCAGCAGAUGUUCACAUGGAGACUUGGAGCCUGUGGAGAUGACUUUCUCCAUGAAUUUUGCAGUGGAGUCUUCCUGUCUUAAUGAUCAAAGAGAAGACUUAAAUAAAUAUAAAUGCAGUAAAAAGCUCCAAAGUUCAACGAAAAUGGUAUUGCAAAAAUCUGUUCUUCCUCUGAAAACACGCAGUGUGCCUGAUUACUCCCUUGUCCUUGGCUUGGAUGAGACCCUUGUCCAUUGCCAGUUGACAGUCAUGGAGGGGACAGAAUUCGUAUUCCCUGUCUGCUUUCAGGAUAGAAGUUAUCAGGUCUAUGUGAAGUUGAGGCCCUACUGCAGGGAGUUCCUUGAAAAUCUGAGCCAGCUCUAUGAGAUCAUUCUCUUCACGACUGCUACAAAGGAUUAUGUUGACAAACUGCUUGAUAUAUUGGACCCACACAGACGGCUGAUCAGGCAUCGACUGUAUCGGAAACAUUGCGUCUGUGUGCAAGGGAACUACAUCAGGGAACUAAACACCCUCGGCAGGGAUCUGACAAAGAUGGUUUUUGUAGACACUUCGGCAGAGACUUUCUCCUGUCAGGUUUCAAAUGGAAUCCAAAUCAAAAGCUGGCUGAAAGAUCCAAAAGAUCAGGAGCUACGGAAACUCAUCCCAUUCUUGCAGAAACUAGCAGAACUGGAUGAUGUACGGCCUGUGAUUCAAAGGACCUAUCGACGGGACAGGCUGUGAUCAGAUGCCCAAAGUUGCUCUGAGGAGCCAGGAUUGAAGGGGAAGUUUUAUUUCUCAAUAAACUGCCCCUCUGUCUUCUCCACACCAUUCCCUAUCACUUUUUGAAAUCGAGUGAUUUAGUUGUUGUUUAACUGUCCAAUGUUACAACUGUACUCCAAACAUCUAAACUGCUUAGCUUCAUGACUGGAGUUCUGAUCAUGUCUUUUCCUGUUUUUUAUAAAGUUUUUAAUCAUUUUUUCACAAUUUACAAAUAAA